AGACUUACCUUUGGAAGCUAUUAGCAGCGUAAUUAUGAAAUCACGUCUCGGUAAUCUCAGGCUUUACAAGUUUGAUGUGCCUUCUGAGUCUGAUGUCGGAGUUAUGGUAAUAAGUUAUGAAGAUGGACACGUGUGUCAACGGUUUCGAUUGACGCGAUACACAGGAAGAAGACGAGGAAGAGGCUCAAAAGCUGGAUUGUCCAAAUCAUUCGUAGAUUUGGUCGAUUGGUCCUUCAUGUCGCAACAAGAGUCCAACAUAAGUAAUCAGAUCUUCGACUACAUUGUCUCCAACUUUUCAUUCAAGGAUCUUGAUAUCGUACCUCCCGCGUGUCAUGUCCUCGUCUUUCACUUUCAAGUUAGAGGGUUUGGUCAAGAUCAUGUCCCUGAGAUUGACAUCACAAGUCUUGUUUUGUCCACAUUGAGAACCAGAGACUCUGUUCUGAGUGUUGAAGAUGCAAGAACCAGACUCGUACCAAUUGCUCCACCAACAACAGAGAUAGUAGAUUGUUACCAAAGGCUGUUGCAACUGGACAAAGGGAAGCUGCUGUCCCAAAAACAUAGUUUCAACAGCUUGGAUCACAACUACUCUGUGUUUGUGGAGCUACCAACACUGCUCAAGUUAGAAACAGGAGAGAAGAGGAGUCAACAAGGGACCAGCAUAUUGAAGGGGCUUUCGCCAAAGGGUGAAGAGGUUAAAGUUUAUGAGAGUUGGAGUCGCAACAAAGGAGCUUCCAAGCUUUUUGUAAGGAUGUGACAUAUCUUGCUAAAGUCCAUUUGCUGAACAUAUAUACAUCUUCUCCUUUGGGCUAUCAGAUGCAACCUGAAGAAAUUGUUGUUUUUUGAUAUGAUACAAAAGGUCAUCUUGAAGUCUUGGUCGUUUGGAGGCACAGAAUUACAGUAUGUGCUGCAUUUCAAUCAAAAUUUUCAUGUAUCUCUGAUUUAACAAUGGCAAGAGUCUGAUGAGUUUCUCUGAUUCUGGCUCUCCACUGCCUCAUUCUCGCUGUGUUUUGUAUGGGCUUUGUUAGAAUGUGUCCUCUCACCUUGCACUCUGGUUUCUGUAUGUUCCAAGGACUCUUUGUGUUUCUCACUCUUCUCUGAUUCUUCUUCGGCUUGGUUACAAUCGCUAGUCUUGAAAUGAGCUCUGAGAUUAUCCUACAACAAACUUCUAUCAUCAGUCUUACACUGUCUUUACCUAAUUUCUCUCCUGACUAAAAAUGUUGUUGCAAAUUCUAUUGUUAUAUAACUAGAAUAAAAUAAAUCUUUGCGUGGCUUUUCCUUUGGCCCCUUCUCUGCCUUUUUCCCUCCUGCACUAAAUGCCACGAGUUUCUGUUUAUGCUUUUGUUGCAGAUUGCUUUUGAUAAUGGGGAUGCUGAAUUGGUUUGCUUGGAAGGUGAGAGCUGAGAGACCCUGAGCCAUGAAUUCUUGGGGCAGCAGUUAAAUGGAAUGUUCUCAUGUAUAAUUCAUGAUUAAAGUGCUAAGAUCUUG